UACUGCCCCUUUAGUUCAAUAUGGCGGCCUCCAUAGCAGCAUGCCGUUGUUUACAUUUGUCCCGCUCUCUGGGCUUUAUGCCAUACAAAAGCCAAUUGUUAGCACAUAUUUUUACCAGAUUAAACCACGACGGGUUAUUACGCUGUCUAAACACCAGUCAACAUCACACGACAAAGCACUCCGACAUUCCGGGUGACCAACCUUUUGUCAUUCCAGUUGACCAACUAAAAAUAAGCUACAGCCGGAGCAGUGGACCAGGCGGUCAACAUGUAAAUAAAGCCAGUACAAAGGCAGAGGUCCGGUUUCAUGUACAGACAGCAUCAUGGAUUCCUGAAGAAGUCCGAAAUGAGAUUAUUCUAAAGAAUAAAACACGGAUAAACAAAGCAGGGGAAUUAAUCGUCACGUCAGAGAUGAGCAGAAGUCAGCAGAGGAACCUGGAAGACUGUCUACAAAAAAUCACUGAGAUGAUCACAGAGGCCAGUCAACGACCACCAGAGCCAUCAGAAGAUGAUAUUGCCCUCUGGGCAAAAAGACUGGAGAAAAGAAAUUUAGCAAGGUUAAAAGAGAAGAAAAUGCAAUCUGCAACCAAGCGAGGACGGAAAGUGGAUUUUGACUAAAUAAAAGUUUUAAAAACA